UACAUCAACAUAGCUGUAAGCAGUGUAUGCAGUUUCCGCGGAGAUGUUGAUUUAUUGACGCUUUUAGCACUGGUUUACUGUAUGUGAGGUAUGAAUAAGGAAUGUUAUUACUCCAAAGUCAUUUUCUUGGUAAAUUUUUAGACCUGGUUAGUGAAUAGCCAGACAUGCAGUACUGCUCAGUACACGACUUGAAUGUGAUACUAUCGUGAUGGAGGAUUUGGAAGGAGACGAGGAAAGCAAGCGACCGCAGCGCGGCGCUUCUCUGUCCGAACCCAUUGCUGACGAAUCGCAACGGGACCCAACACAAGUGGAUGUUCUGCUGCGUGGACAUUUCAACGAAGAUUUUCAGCCGACGCAGACGACAUUUCCCAUUGGCUUUCGCAAGGUUAUUACUCCGUGCGAGCUGAAUGGCUUCGUGGGUGCCGCUGCCAGCUUUCGCCAGCUUUUGCCGUCCAGCUCGUACUGCAGUAUGUACGCAGAUGUCAGCAAUUCCCGCGAUGUGAUGCUGCAGAAAGCCGGCGGCGCGGUGUGUGCGGCGUACGAGAUCGCAUAUGGAGACCAGAUUGCCGUGUUCUCUGCGUUUAUGACAGCCGCCCUCGAAGCUCAACAGAAACCGUAUCAACCGCAGACGUCCAUGCAUCGCUUCCUGGCGGGUAUGCACGAGAAACGUCAGGAUGACAGAACCCGUCUUGCGCAAUUCGUUGCCAUGUUGCCGGGCUUUGCGGACGUCAGCCCGGCGGAUCGUGAAGUUUUACUGGCAGAAAAAGCGUUUAUCAGUACUUUGCUGCAUCAUAUGAAGUACGCUUACAAAGGCGAAUAUUAUUGCACAUUACCGGGUCCUGAGCAGAUUCACGCCAGCGACUACUGGAUGGAGAUACUGGGCGUGGAUACGGAAUUCUGCCGGUUCUGCUUCAAAUUCAGCGCUGUAUUCAACGGGAUCGGGCUGUCGCUGACGGAAACCUACCUGCUCAUGGCUGCAGCGUUUUUCGAUCCACGCACAACAACUGCGUCAGACAAAGCGUUACUUAUGCAUCUGCACAUGUUUUAUAUGGAUGCCCUAACGCAUAUGAUCGGCUAUCGUCGCCGCCAGAACCCGACGGAGCGCACCGCUGUCUUCAACAAGCUGACCAAAGCGGCAGCGAUGUUCCCCGCGGUGCACCAAAUGUCGCUUGAUUGGUACGUCGAUACAGAGCGAACACUGCCUCCGCUUCCGGCACCGUCCAAGACGUUGGUUCAAGACUGCUUGAAACACUAAUUUUUGCUGCACCACUAAAUUCGACACCAAUGGCUUCGUUUUGUUUGUAUGGUAUUUCUGCCGUUAUUUUUAUUACGCACAUCACUUUCGUUAUAAACCCUCUGAUACUUUCGCCUUAGCGGCUAUCCAAAACACUCUCUCUGUAUUAUUAUUUUUUA